AUGCCCCACACUGGGCUCUGCGGCUGCUGGGGGGGCCGGGUGCUGCCCCUGCUGCUGGCCUAUGUCUGCUACCUGCUGCUCGGCGCCACCGUCUUCCAGCUGCUGGAGAAGCAGGCGGAGGCGCAGUCCAGGGACCAGUUUCAGUUCGCGAAGCUGCGCUUCCUGGAGAACUACACGUGCCUGGACCAGCGGGCCCUGGAGCAGUUUGUGCAGGUCAUCAUGGAAGCCUGGGUGAAGGGCGUGAACCCCAAAGGCAACUCCACCAACCCCAGCAACUGGGACUUCGGCAGCAGUUUCUUCUUUGCAGGCACGGUCGUCACCACCAUAGGAUAUGGGAACCUGGCACCCAGCACCGAAGCAGGCCAGGUCUUCUGUGUCUUCUACGCCCUGGUGGGCAUUCCACUCAACGUGGUCUUCCUCAACCACCUGGGCACAGGGCUACGUGGCCACCUGACCACACUUGAGAGGUGGGAGGACCAGCCCAGACGUUCCCAGCUUCUGCAGACCCUGGGCCUGGCUCUGUUCCUGACCCUGGGGACGCUGGUCAUUCUGGUCUUCCCACCCAUGGUCUUCAGCCACGUGGAGGGCUGGAGCUUCGGCGAGGGUUUCUACUUUGCCUUCAUCACUCUCAGCACCAUCGGCUUCGGGGACUAUGUUGUUGGCACGGACCCCAGCAAGCAUUACAUCUCGGUAUACCGGAGCCUGGCGGCCAUCUGGAUCCUCCUGGGCCUGGCGUGGCUGGCGCUGGUCCUCCCGUUAGGUCCCCUGCUUCUGCACAGGUGCUCCCAGCUCUGGCUGCUCAGCAGGGGCCUCAGCCUCAAGGAAGACGGGGUCCCUGAGACCAGACCUCAGAAGAUCUCCAUCUCUGCAUGA